ACGCGCGCGAGCUUUCAGCACGAGGGGUCUGUGUGCGCGCGACGGGACCGUCCGAUAGCGUUAAAACAACUAAAAAUUCACGAAAUAAAGAACAGAAACGAAGAACUCGGACUCAGCAUGGCAUCAAACUGGUACUGGGGACUUCUCCUGCUUUUUCUUCAGGCUGCUGGUUCCCUAUGCGCCGAUGCUGAGGAGAGAUUGGUGGAUUUUCUCCUGAGUCCAGAUCGGUACAAUAAGCUAAUCAGACCAGCAGUCAAAAGGAGUCAGCAGGUCACCAUCGGGAUCAAAGUGUCUCUGGCCCAGCUCAUCAGCGUGAACGAGAGGGAGCAGAUCAUGACAACCAACGUGUGGCUCUCACAGGAGUGGAAUGACUACAGACUUAUGUGGGACCCAGUCGACUAUGACGGCAUCCAAAAACUACGAAUUCCCUCCCAUCACAUCUGGCUUCCGGAUAUCGUGCUCUAUAACAAUGCGGAUGGUGUGUACGAGGUCUCAUUCUACUGCAACGCCAUUGUAUCAAACACAGGCGACAUCUUCUGGCUUCCUCCAGCCAUCUACAGGAGCGCCUGUGCCAUAGAGGUGCGCAACUUCCCCUUUGACCAGCAGAACUGCACACUGAAGUUUCGAUCGUGGACUUAUGACCGCACUGAGCUUGACCUCGUGCUGACCUCAGACUUUGCCAGCCGAGAUGACUACACGCCCAGCGGCGAGUGGGACAUCGUCUCUUUGCCAGGACGCAAGAAUGAAGACCCUAAUGACGCCACCUACAUGGACGUGACGUACGACUUUGUUAUCCAACGCAAGCCGCUCUUUUACACCAUCAACCUUAUCAUCCCGUGUGUGCUCAUCACUUCCCUGGCUGUGCUCGUCUUCUACCUUCCAUCAGACUGUGGUGAAAAGAUAACCCUGUGUAUCUCUGUCCUUCUAGCACUGACUGUCUUCUUGCUUCUGAUCUCCAAGAUCGUACCGCCAACCUCCCUAGCCGUGCCGCUCAUCGGAAAGUACCUGAUGUUUACUAUGGUGCUGGUGACCUUUUCUAUCGUGACAAGUGUGUGUGUACUCAAUGUUCAUCACCGUUCGCCAUCGACGCACCACAUGCCUGUCUGGGUGCAGCAUGUCUUCCUGAACCAGCUGCCCAUCUUCCUGCUCAUGCGGCGACCUGGACGUUCCAACGUGCGUGAGAGGUUCCGGCGGAAGAACCAGAGCAAAUCGUUUUCCGGGGACUCGUUCGCGCUGGGCGCCUGGAGGCCGACCGAGCUGCCCGAGGGCUCGGAGUUUGGGCAGAGGGUCAGAUUGAGACGGGACAAUGAGGUGGAUGAGGCCAUAGAGGGCGUGCGAUUCAUUGCUGAACACAUGAAGAGCGAAGAUGAUGAUGAAGGGAUCAUCGAGGACUGGAAGUACGUAGCGAUGGUGAUCGACCGUCUGUUCCUCUGGGUUUUUAUCCUGGUAUGUCUGACUGGAACUCUCGGCCUCUUUGUUCAGCCGCUGUUUCAGAGCUACAACACACCGACAGCAAUGGACGAUGAUUCUAGACAGAUAUGUGUACAAAAAUGACAAAGAAGAGUAUGAGAAAAAGAGAGAGAGAGAGAGAGAGAGAGAAAGAGAGAACAGAUAAAGUGAUAGAGAGAAAGAGAGAGCAGAUAAAGUGAGGGAGAGAGAGCCUAAGCAAACAAGAGUGUCUCUCGUCUAAAGGAGAGGACAGGUUGUUCCGCCGCUUGUUUCGAAGGUAUAAUCAAUUCAUCCGACCGGU